AAUCCAACGUUCUCGUUCAGCGGCUUUGCAAUGCAGAGGGGCAUAAAUCUGCUCACUGAUUAGUUGGAGGCCGUUGUCGUUCCAACCCUCCAACAAUUUAACCUUUCUCUCUUCUCCAAAUUCAAUAAAAUCUUGCAUGACUGAAAAUUACCAGGUUCUUGAAGAAAUAUUAGCUACAUUCUUCUGUUGUGUAUUGAAAAAUUUAGCUUUGGCACUGAAAAAUGCUGAUGGGUCACGCUGAGAGGUUGCCAAACUUGGGUUCAUCAAAAGAUUUGCUGCUUGCUGACCCUGUAUCUGAAUUUGAUGGGGAUGAAGAAGCAGCUGAGAUACCAGAAACACCUACGAAUAUACUGUAUGUAGCCUCUUUUGAAGAACUUGCUACGAAGAUUGUUCAGUAUGAAGUGAUUAUAUGGGUAUUGAUAUCUGCGUUGCUGGUUUUAGCUUGGGGUGUUGGAAUUCUUAUGUUGAUCUACCUCCCAUAUAAAAGAUAUGUGCUUAAGAAGGAUAUAGCAUCUCGCAAACUUUAUGUUACACCUAAUGAAAUCGUUUAUAAGGUAUCAAGACCUUCAUUUAUUCCCUUUUGGGGAGAGAUAAGUAUUGAAAAGCGCCUGCCUCUGCAUUUAGUGAUCGAUAUUAUCAUUGAACAAGGUUGCUUGCAAUCUAGGUAUGGGAUCCAUACCUUUAGAGUUGAAAGUGUAGCACGUGGAAGAGCAGCUCCUGUAGAUGAACUACAGGUGCAAGGGGUUUAUAACCCUGGACAAUUAAGGAAGGUCAUUGUAACACAAGCUUCAAAAACUAUACAAGAAGUUGGCAGAAGUUGGAAGGCCACUAUUAACAAUGUUGAAGGUGAAAAUAUGUUUCGCAUGGAAUCAUCGAUUGACAGUCUUGCAGUGAUGAAAUCGCCAUCUAGAAGUUCAAAGAUGGUUGGUUCCCCUCACCAUACGAUAAUGGAGCACAGAGGUGUGGUACCUGCAGAUAUGCUGCUGAAUAAGCUUGAAGAAGUCUCUAAAUCUGUAAAGAAUAUCGAGUUCCUCGUGGAAAAGUCCCAAGCCUCAUAAAGGAGCAGCCAACAAAACUUGUUCUGGUUUAGCAAAAGGAGAUCACAGGGGAAAUGUAAAUAGCUCCACACAUUUUGCAAUGCGGGGGACCUCUUUAAUGUAGAAAACAAAGGUGGAAAGCCAUAGGAUACUCCUGUAAUAUUCCUACCUCUGGACAGUUCUUCUAUUGGCUCGACGCCAACGGUUGAAUGCAGAUCUUUUCUCUUUCCUUCGUUGAUGUAAAUCAUGUUGUAUUUUUUGACUAGAACCUUAUGGAGCCUGUAUAUGGCUUUUUCCAUCAGCACACUUUCAAAUUGCCUA